UAGUGAGGACGUCAGUAGAAAGCUGUGCAGUAUGUUAGAUCCUGAGGACAGCGCGGAGCACAAAAUUGGCUCUUCCUUUCCUAAAUUUUUUCUCAUCGCCAUAGCCAUGCUGGUGGUCGUAGGAGGACUGCUGUUCUUGGCGUUUUCUGCCUCCGAGCAGAAAGAGGACAAUUUUUACUCGUUUAAAGUGGUCAACAUCAGGGACAAGCUAGUCUCCCUGGAGAAAUACAGAGGCUCGGUAUCAUUAGUUGUCAAUGUUGCAAGUGAGUGUGGAUAUACUGACAGUCACUACAAAGCCUUACAAAAGCUGCAGAGAGAACUUGGCCCCUAUCAUUUUAAUGUGCUAGCAUUUCCCUGCAAUCAGUUUGGACAGCAAGAACCCAAUAGUAAUAACGAAAUUGAGAGUUUUGUCCGACAAACAUACAGCGUUUCCUUUCCUAUGUUCAGCAAGAUAGCAGUGAAGGGCAUCGGGGCAAAUCCAGCCUUUAAAUAUUUAAUUGAAUCCACUGGAGAAGAGCCAACAUGGAAUUUCUGGAAAUAUCUUGUGGAUCCAAGUGGGAAAGUGGUAAAUGCUUGGGACUCUACUGUCACUACUGAAGAAAUAAAACCUUAUGUGAUCGAACUUGUGAGGCAACUCAUUCUGAAGAAAAAAGAGGAACUCUGAUUUUUUGAAAACACACAUUUUUGUAUUUCUAUUUUUGGAUCAUUGUGGUAGUUCUUCAUAUUCCAACAGAGAAAUAACUUUGAUCAACCUCAGUUAAGCUUCCAUCCCCUAAAUAUAAGUAUUUGUUUCUCUUACAGUAUGUUCAAUCCAUAAAUAAAGUAAAUCAUAGUGAAAUUGAUACCUAAGAAAAGUAAAACUAAUGAAAGGACAGAUUUUAUUUAUUUUCCUUAUAAAUCACUGAUUUUAGUGAAAUGAAAUGUCACGCAGGAUUUCUAGGCAGCAAACUUCAGUUCAUAUAGAAUUCCCUAAAUAAAUCUUACUGGUACCUACUUUCUAACAUGAACAUUAUCAUGAGAGCCAUUUAUAAAACAGAAACCAGAACAGGAAAACUUGAUCUUAGCCUGAGUGUAGCUAUAAGAAGCAAUGAUUAUGCUAAGGAAAUAUAGUACACUCCCACAUAAGCUAUGUUCUCACUUAUUGAAAGCUUUCAUUCACCCAUAUAUUCCUGAAAACCAGUACAUCUCAAGAAUCCGUGAAUGGAAUUUCAUUCACUUAUAGGCUGCUCCAAAAGAAUACUAAUGCUGUGAUUUUCACUGAUUCCCCUUUCCCUUUGUGACACUCAGAUUUGCUGUGGGAGAUUAUAUCAAGAACAGCAUAUGAGAUAUGUGGAGGGAAGUGGCAGGGAAGGAUGAAUUGCUGAAAAUAAUCUAUCCCAUUGUCUGAAUCAAAGGUUCUUCUGUUCUUGGACAGAGUUCUUUAUGAAUGAAAAGAGACUGUUGAAUCCAUACCAUUAAGAACCGUCCUUUUUU